AUGGGUCAAUCUCCUCCUCAUAGCCCUAGGGCUACCCAGUCACCCCUGAUGUUCACUCCUCAUAUUCCAUUCAUUUCGCUACAAAAACCUGAUGAGAUGCUUGUCAUAAACCAUUCGUUGAUGCAAGCUUCUUCAGGAUAUGAAGACAUGUGCAACGAGCAAGGAUUCCCGACUGCGUUUACAUGGACCUAUAGUGACAAGGAAAUAGCUUUGGAGGGAUCAUGGGAUAAUUGGAAUACAAGAAAACCCUUGCAGAGGUUAGGGGAAAAGUUCACCAUUAUGAGAGUGCCCCUCUCGGGUGUCUAUCAGUAUAGAUUUAUUGUUGAUGGACAAUGGAGGAUUCUGUCCCUGAAGACUUGA